UGAGACAAUGCAUCAACUCUACAUUUUCCAACCAUAUGUUGAUAAAGGACUAAAAAGUAUUCUGUAUUUCUUCAGGAGUGACUUUUUCACUAUUCCCACCUCAUGCCCCGAGACUUUAUUUGGUGAUUCCGCAGUUGCAGUAAAUCCUCGGGUAUGGAUGAGCGAUACUCCAAGUAUAUUGGGAUAGAGGCUAUUGUACCUAUGACCUUUGGGCGGCAUGUUCCUAUUAUAUGUGACAAUCAUGUUGACAAAGACUUUGGAACUGGAGUAUUAAAGAUAAGUCCUGGACAUGAUCACAGUGAUUACUUACUUUCUUGCAAAGUUGGUCUUCCUGUACUGAAUGUGAUGAAUAAGGAUGGGACCUUAAAUGAAGUUGCUGGCUUGUAUUGGUAUGUUUGAAAAUGCCUAUUUUGGUGCACAAGCAAAUUCCUGAUGUGUUUAUGAUAUCAGAUUAUGCUUAACUUAUGAUUUUAUGAUCCCUCUCUUUCUGUAUCUGUAAUAACUAUCAUAAAAUAGAUACUAUAAAUAUUUUUAUCUAAAAACUUUAAACAUGAAAAAAUUUAUUAUCCAGUAAUAUUUGUCACCUUGUGGUCGAUGAAUAAAUAAGCAAGAAUAUU